AUGGCCGCCACGGCGCAGUACCUCCCGCGGGGCCCGGGCGGGGGCGCCGGCGGCGCGGGGCCGCUGAUGCACCCGGACGCCGCGGCGGCGGCGGCGGCGGCAGCGGCGGCGGCGGCGGAGCGGCUGCACGCGGGGGCGGCGUACCGCGAGGUGCAGAAGCUGAUGCACCACGAGUGGCUGGGCGCGGGGCACCCCGUGGGGCUGCCCCAUCACCAGUGGCUGCCGGCCCCCGCCGCCGCCGCCGCCGCCGCCGGAGGAGGAGGAGGAGGCGGCGGCGGCGGCGGCGGAGGGGGGGACUGGGGCGGCGGCCCCCACCUGGACCACGGCAAGGGCGGCGGAGGUGGAAGCGGAGGCGGCGGGCGGGGCGACGAGAACGGCUUCCACUCGCGGCUGGUGCAUCAGGGGGCCCCGGCCUGGGCGCCGGGGGGGACGCCCCAUCACCUGGGCCCGGCCAUGAGUCCGUCCCCCGGAGCCGCCGGCGGCGGCGGCGGCGGAGGAGGGCUGUACGGGCAGGCGGCCUACCCCCCGGGGGCCGGCGGGGCCGGGGGCCUGGCGGGGCUGGGGCUGCACCACGGGCUGCACGAGGACGGGCACGAAGCGCAGCUGGAGCCGUCCCCCCCGCCCCCGCCCCCGCCCCCGCCCCCGCCGCCCCACUUGGGCGCCCACGGCCACCCGGGGGCCCUCCACCCGGCCCACCUGCACCCGGGCGCGGGCGGGGGCCCGUCGUCGGUCGGCGAGCACUCGGACGAGGACGCCCCCAGCUCCGACGACCUGGAGCAGUUCGCCAAGCAGUUCAAGCAGCGCCGCAUCAAGCUGGGCUUCACCCAGGCCGACGUGGGGCUGGCCCUGGGCACCCUGUACGGCAACGUCUUCUCGCAGACCACCAUCUGCCGCUUCGAGGCCCUGCAGCUCAGCUUCAAGAACAUGUGCAAGCUGAAGCCGCUGCUCAACAAGUGGCUGGAGGAGACCGACUCGUCCACCGGCAGCCCCACCAACCUGGACAAGAUCGCGGCCCAGGGCCGCAAGCGCAAGAAGCGCACCUCCAUCGAGGUGGGGGUCAAGGGCGCCCUGGAGAGCCACUUCCUCAAGUGCCCCAAGCCGUCGGCCCACGAGAUCACGGGCCUGGCCGACAGCCUGCAGCUGGAGAAGGAGGUGGUCCGGGUGUGGUUCUGCAACCGGCGGCAGAAGGAGAAGCGCAUGACCCCCGCGCCCGGAGCCGGCCACCCGCCCAUGGACGACGUCUACGCCCCGGCCGAGCUGGGCCCCCCCGGGGCCGGGCCCGGGGCCGGGGGCGCCUCCCCCCCCUCCGCCCCCGCGCCCCCGGCCCCCCUCCACCACCCCCACCACCAUCACCAUCACACACUGCAGGCCUCGGGACAGUGA